AUGACUGACGAUAGUUCUGCAGAACGGCAAGCUUUAAAAGCUGCUUUUCCAGCAUCAACUUUACUACUGUGCGCAUUUCACGUUUGUCAGGCUUUGUGGAGAUGGUUGUGGGAGAGUAAACAUCAAAUAGAAAAAUCUGAAAGGCAGGCUAAAAUGCUUAAAUUUAGAACCGUCCUUUUUUCUCAUGAUGAAGAAGAAGCUAAAAGAGGAAUGGAUGAAUUAUGUAAUGAUGACCAUGAACAAUUUUCCAAACAUAUGAAGUCAUUAAGAUGCAGAAUGAACGAGUGGGCAAUUUGCUAUCGACAAACAUAUUCAACUUACGGUCACAACACAAAUAAUAUAAUCGAAUCAUCUAUAAGAAUUUUUAAGGAUGUGGUACUGGAACGUUGUAAGGCAUUUAAUGCGGCAGCACUGGUAGAUUUUAUAUUUAAGGUAUUAGAAAAUUAUCAUAAAAGACGUCUUAUUAAAUUUGCGUCAUAUAGAAUUACAAAGCCAGAAAUUCAAUAUAAUUCAUUUUGUAACAAAGCAAAUGCUUUAAAAGUUAUUCAGAUCGAUAACACAUCUUAUGAAGUGUCAUCCCAUUCUAAUAAUGAUAUAUAUUAUACAGUUAAAGUUUAUGAUGUAUUUGAACACUGUGAAUGUGCGUUUGGUCAAGGAGGUAAAUUUUGUAAACAUAUUUGUGCCAUACAGUUGAAUGGAUUUAACAUCGAAAAUGUUGUGAAUUUAUCAAUGAAACAUAGAAUUGAAUUAGGUAACCUUGCUUUGGAUCAUACAUUUAUGGAACCAAUGGACCUCGCAAAUGAUAUCGUUUCUACUAAUAAUUCCAAGGAGAAAAAAACUUCUGAAGAAAACAUGUCAACUUUUUUCAAUUCUAUGUUACCUGCUGAUGCAAGAAUAACUGAACAUGAAACGCAAAAUAAUAUGGAAAAUAAUGGCUAUGAACAACAUUUAAAUUUAGAAAUCAAUGUAUUACAAAAUAACAUCGACCGAAUAAAAAACAUUGCUCAAAGUAACCCUAACAGUUUGAUGCUCAAAAAUAUAAAACAGUUUAACAAACAAUUGGAAAAAAUAACAUCAUUAUCUGAUUUGGUUGAUUUUAAUUUCAAUAAGCUUCGUCGUGCAAAUCUUAUCGGAACACAGCCAACAUCCAGAUCCAGGCGCAAACGACUAAUAACUUCUGGUGCUAAACGCAUCCAAGCAGGACGACCGUCUUCUAAAGAACAAAACUUCAAGCAAAGGAAAAAACAGAAGGUUCGAAGUCUAGGUAAAAAUUUACUAAACAAUUUGCCACAUGCUAAAUCUCAUUAA